AGUAAAAUAGUCUAGCGGGGGUUUAAUAAUGCGCAUGCUCACACACAGAGGCGGAGCUAAGGUUCACGUCAUACCUAAGAUUGCUGCUCUCAGUAAAAAGCUCUCAGGAGCUCACCAUCACCAGUGAAGCUGUAUAAGCAUCGGGUUGACGGGAUUGAGGAAAGCAGCGCGUUGUAUGUGGAGCUGCCUGUUGAAAUCGCCAUGAGUUACAAACCUAUUGCUCCUGCGCCGUCUGGGUCCAAUCACACUCCACCAGGCUCUUCGGUCCCCUCGCCGUCUCUACCCUCGUCAUCCAACUUCAGGCCAGUCUUCAGUGACUUUGGUCCCCCAUCUAUGGGCUUUGUUCAGCCUGUCAAAGUGUCCCAGGGGUCCACCUACAGCGAGCUCCUGUCCGUCAUCGAGGAGAUGAGCCGCGAGAUCAGGCCGACAUAUGCUGGGAGCAAGAGUGCAAUGGAAAGGCUAAAGAGAGGUAUCAUCCACGCUCGUGCACUCGUCAGGGAAUGUCUUGCAGAAACUGAGAGAAGCGCCCGCACAUAACCUCUAUGAAAGCUCCCUUCAUCCCAGCCCUCACCCUUAGAGUCCUGCCCUCAUCAUGACCUCUUUGGAUAUUUUGCCACCAGUCUUCUUCCUCCCACCUUUGCUUUGUUUUUAUUUUAUUUUAUAGGUAAUUGUCUAUUUUGGGUUUCAAUUUAACUGCUUUGAUUUCAUAGUUACAUUACUGUAACAUGCAAAGUCGAUGCAAAAAAAGAUUCUAUUUUAAGAGUUUUGAACUCGAGUACACUUAAUUUAAAACAUACAAUUGUUGUUUUAUAAUAGCAGCUGAAUUUCUACACAGAUGGGGGUUUUUUUUUGGGUGGGGAGAUUAACAUUUUUAAAUGCUGUCAUUUCAAUUUAACCUGGCUUUGUCACAUUUUGUGAAGUAGGCACAUACCAUUUCUUUACAUCUCAAGUCAAUUUGUUACUACGGAAAUUUUUUAAAUUAGAAUUUUGCAUUUGGGUAUGUAUAUCUUAAAUAAAUAACAUGAAAAGAA